GCAGAAACGGUUUAUGCAUCAGCAACGCCACCAUUCGUCCAAGUGCUCAGACCCUGCCUCUCUCUCUCUCUUUCUCAAGGCUUAAGUCCCACUAGUGGAAGAAAUUUGCGCUCAGAUUUUGCUAGAGACGCCAGUUUCUUUAUGACUGCGCAUUCACUUCUUUUGAACACUAUUAGGGGCUAGUCAUCCGUACGAUCUUUAUUGACUUACCAACAUACCCACAGCUACAGUUAAAGCUGCUAUCAACAUCUCAAAUCAGCCUGACAUACACUGCAAUGAUAAAACUACAUAUUCUACUCGUUGAAUUGUCCAUCAUAUAUCGCACUCUGGGUUAUACCACUGAGGGCUCUGCCGCAAUUUACCAUGAUAAUAAUGAAGUACAUGAGGAGGAGACAUACCACACCCCUGAGCUGGAUUACAAACUUCCACAGUGGUGCCCCACACUAAAGCUGUCCCAUGGGGAGCUAUCUUGCUCUUCCCCUCGAGGUGGCAACCACCGUAACACACUUGGGACAACGUGUUUGCUGUCCUGUGAGCGAGGAUAUAAACGGCUAGGACGCUCUUCUGUGCAAUGCAGGCCCAGCCGCCGUUGGUCCGGAACGGCUGUCUGUCGGAAGGUGCGUUGCCAUGUUUUGCCUCUGAUUGACUACGGUAUGUACAGUUGUACGCGUGGCUUUUUGAUGGACUCCAGGUGUGACUACACCUGCUUGGAAGGCUACCAGAUUGAGGGAGAUCGCUACCGUGUAUGCCAAGAAGAAGGAAAAUGGAGCGGCACAGAACCCACCUGUGCAGAUCAUGACCCUCCCAAACUGAAAUGUCCUUUAUCCAGAACGAAGGUAGCCGAACCGGGAAAACUAUUUGCCACAGUGUCCUGGGAGCGCCCUGUUGCCAGAGAUACUGCUGACAGAUCACUAACGGUCUUGCGAAAUGGACCAGAGUCUGGAUCAGACUUUCCUGAAGGAACGCAUUUAAUUCGAUAUAAAGCCUUCGACCAGGCUCGCAACACAGCAACUUGCAAGUUUACUGUGCAAGUUGAAGUGAUACGGUGUCCAAAGUUAAAGUCUCCCAUGCACGGCUCUUUGACAUGCUCAUCUGAUGGCAAUAAUUAUGGGGCUGUUUGUGAAUACAUCUGUGAUCCUGGCUUUGAGAGAACGGGGUUUGCAACACGUGUCUGUCAGCUCAACCGUAGCUGGUCUGAUGAAGCAGCGGAGUGUGUAUUAAUGAACAUAAAUACAGACGUCAGAUCUGCCGGUGCUCUGCUUGACCAGUUUUAUGAGAAGAGAAAACUUCUGGUCGUGUCUACUCCAGAUAAUGCAAACCAACGAUACAAGCACCAGAACAUUAUUCUGCAAAAGGCCGAGUGUGGUCUGGAUCUGCGACACGUCACAGUUAUUGAACUGUUAGGAACUCCACCUCGAGCAGUGGGCCGCAUUAAAGAACAACGUCUACAGCCUGAGGUCAUAGAGGAUCUUAGACAGGCACUGCAUAUCUCUACAGCAUAUUUCACCAUGGUCCUGCUAGAUGAAUAUGGUGUGGAUCGGGAGCGCUACAUUAACCCCACCUCUUCAGAUGAGCUCUACUCGUACAUAGAGGACUACCUCCUUACGGAUGAGGAGCGAGAGAGGUUGGAGAUGAACAGGGACUUCUGUGACUAACUUAUUACUGAUACAUUCCACAUCAGUUCCCGGCACUUGGGGCAUGAUGAUGUUGUGGUGGGUUACUGUAAGAGACUCAUGUCUGAUUGUAGGAGCAAAACACAUCUCAAACUAGAGUCAUGGUUAUAUACACCAUGCAGUCAUUGUGUAUACAUGAUCAGGUUUUAAUCUGCAGGCGGAAAACUUUGUGAACAUGUUUAUAAUGCUAUCAUAUAGUCACAAAAUUGUUUAAAAUAUUGAAUAUUUAUUAAAUGCUGGUAAUUUUAAGUAGCUCCAACAAUAGCAUGCUCACAGUUUUGAACUAAACUACAGCAUGAUGACAUAAAAAUAACUUUUUUUACAUGGAAAUCUAUGCCGGUAAGAAAUAUCACAUGGGGUGUGUGUAAGUGUAAUGACUUAAGCAUUUACUGUGUCCUACAUUUCAAAUGAUGUUGUAUUUAAAAACAUCCAGUGAGCUGGAGAAAAUAAAUAUAAUGAAUCUACAGUA